CCGCACACAGCCCCAGCCACCACCCUCCCCAUCCAUCGUGAUCCGUCGGCAGACAUGCGUAAGCGCAUCCAAACUGUUUUACAUACGGUCCACGGUGGACUUCAGUUCCCAGCUAGCUUUCGACACGUGCAGCCGUUCCGGUUCGGUGGACACUGUGAACGGUGUGUGACACUGGUUGUUUAAAGUUUCCGAUACGAAGAGCAAAACUGCAACAACCGCUCAAAGUGAUCCUUGUGUCUUGCGGCCUUCGUUAGAUGGAGAUUUUCCGUAGAACUUUUAGUCCCAAUCAAGUUUUCGUCCAUAUGUCUUCCGUAUCGAAACACUGCGCCCCUGUGGUGGUUCCUUAACGCAAGUUUACUUCGGUACAAUCAAUAAACACCUCCGGGUGCCAAUAAUCUAAUUAGCGUCAGUUCUUGUCGACGUGUCAGAAAAGAGGAACCAUACAUCAAUCGUAUGGUUGCCGGGCUAUAUUUUGAAGCACAUUCAUUAACUUCAACCAAGGAGCACUGUCAUGCAGAUCGGUGCAAUAAAAUUCGGCAUGAUACAUCACAGUGCGUUCAAUCACAAAUUCGCCCGUCCAAUUGUCAAUGUGGCGCUUGCACCAGGAGUGGGUUUGUGAUGAAUGACACACGUGUGCAAAGCGUAUGGGUGGAUAGCACGUGCCUUCCAGCUACAGUGCUCUCUGUACAUUGCAAUGCGCUUUGGAUGUGAUUACACAUUUUACAACACUCCAACAACUUAGGUUUUGUGCUUCAGGACAGUUUAAAUCCAGUUUUCGAGGGUUUCUAGUGCGUGGUUUUACGGUGUGAAAUGGAUACAGCGCAUUGUGUGUGUGUGUGUGUGUGUGUUUUUAAAAUGCAGGUGACUUCUAGCAGAAUGUGGUGAGCUCUUCUCACAUGUUCCAAACGACGAUACUAACGCGUAGAAUUACACUUCAAGAAGCCUUACUGUAGAGUUGCGUGAAGCAAGAACUUAGUCUACGUUUGAACUUGGUAAAUAUUACCAUUCUUAAGCGUGCCAAUACGCCGUGCCGUGUUUUUUUAAAGAAAUUACCUCAACAGUUCAAAAAAGUAUAGGCCCAUUUUUCGCGGAAUGUUUUGCUGUUCCGCGUACUCUUAUCUAUUUUUUUUUUUGCCACUACAAGUGUAGAUCAACGCAAUUUUGAUAACGCUUCGUCACAGCGUUAUCUUUCACCUGACUUCAAACUGUGUAAACAGUUCAUCGGAAAUCAAACGAGCUGAUUCGUUAUCAUCGCCCUUACUUGGUUCAAUCGACAAACGUCAACCGUUCGUCAUAGCUGACGCAUUCGCUGCAGCCGCUGGAAAUUAGAUAUGCCAUCCAGAAGCACACACACAAACGGAGGGGACUACCAACUGCUGGAUGAACAAUAGGUUUGAUUUUACUGUUUUUGGGCUGGCUCAACGUUAAGCCAUGGACCAGGCAGUGGCGAUCCCGCACGACUAUCCAGAGCCGGUCGCGACAGACAGUUACAUCAUACCGACACUCGGACUCUACCAUGGCACGUUCGUCUUCUCCUAUCUGUCCACGUUUCUGUCCUACAUCACACCGUACGAUCUGCCAGUAGUCUAUUGCAUUCUAGAGCUGCUGCGCGACGCUUUCCACACAAAGGUGUCCUUCCUGCAACUAAUACUCGAGGCACUCAAGGUUGAGUCGGGAUAUAUCUGCCUGAUAGCGAUUUUCUUCCUGAUAUCGCUUAUUCCACUCUGCUACACCAUUGCCUGGGGAUGUGCGAAGGAGCCGGAUGAUGAUCUCAACCCGGGACCCACCGUCGACGCUAUCAUACAAGCGGAGGAGCUAUCACUUGAAGAGUCUUUGCACUGCCGGAAAAGCUUUCUGGGACUGAUGCUACAGGUCGUCAUACUGCUGUUGAUCGCUGGCGUGAUAGCAAUGUUCGUCACGAACGAACAAAUUGCAUCGGCCGUUGAUCACACGCCCACCGUUGUGCGGUCCUCGCUGCUAGACGCGGCAACGUUCUUGCGCGACGCAGAAUCACAAAUGCGUUUCGUGAUAGCGGAAGGACUCGCGACCGCCACCGAGCGCAUUCGGAACGAUCUGGAAAGCGUGGACAAAUUGCUUGGCGAACCGAUUCAGCACCAUCUCGCACUGUUCACCGGUAUCGACAUCAUCUUCGACUCCAUCAUCGAGAUCAGCACCAGCAGCAGCAAUCUCUCGCGCCGCAUCCAUCUGCUGCAGGAUGCAUUGGCCAGAGCAGCUAAAAUCUCGUACGAAGCCGAGUACCGGCUGGACGAGCUGCAGAUACAGCUUUCGGUACUGCAGCGCCAGUGCACGUUCCGUGAUCGUCCGCUUUGCGACACGCUUCGGAUUCGGAACUUUGAAGACACGGGACUGAUCGAGCGCAUUCGAAAGCUGCAGGCCGAUCGCACGCUGGCCAAGCUAAUGGCGAUGGGUGAGGCCAGUCGCAACAGCAGCAUGCACGCGUUAACGCAGGAGCUAACACUAGCGCGAUCCACCUUUCGUAACUACGCCAUAGACGUUAGAAACGUGACCGACAAUCAGGCAGACCAAGUGCACGAGCGGCUGGAAGAAUUGUCCACCGACAUCCAUGCGACCGUCAGUAUCCUUACCCAAACCAUAGGCGAGCUUGUGGAGCAGGUAAACCGGACGGCCAACUUUUCUGAUUCGUUCUUUGAUCGGUACCGUGAAAUUGGCGCCAUACUGUGGUUGGCUGGACUUGCUACCACGAUCAUGACACUGCUGGUAACGCUCAUACUGCUGAGUGCACUCAGCUGCGGUUGUUGCCAUGCGGACAAUAAGGCUGGCAUUACGCUUAUCCUCGGCGCUAUCUGCAUUUGCAUCGCGAGCCUAGCGCUGUCAGGGUUUACCAUGAUGGAGAUGCUCCUCGGGGCACAUGGCCAACUCUUCAUCUGUCACCCGCUGUACAACGAGCCGGAAUACACGGUGCUCCAGAAGCUCAUAGACAAACCGGGACUAAUCUAUCCGACCGAACCGCAGUACGGCAUCAUUGGUGAGCUGCUGCGAAAGGCGGCCCCACCCGAAGCUCAAUGGUCACAGCCGGUGCAAAUAUCGCUGUCGACGGCACUGAACGAAUGCGAAAAGGGUCACGGAUCGUACUCCACCUUUCAGCUCGACACACUGCUGAAUCUCACCGCCAAGCUCGAGCACCGUCAGCGGCCCGACCUUGAGCGAGCGAUCGAAAGUGUUGGCGCAAGCGAGGAACCAUUCAUUGGCUUUACCGUGCGCAUACAGGGUAUCCUGGAGGAUAUGCUGUACGAUUCGGACCUCAAUCUGACCGGUACGCGCAUGGAGCUAACGCAACUCUCACCCGACAAGGACGUACUUACCUUCAUCGAUCAGCUGCUGCGUGUUUCGGCCCAGAUCCAGGACGUGGCCACAGCGAGUCGCAUGACAACGCUCGGUUCACGGGCCAAGCGUUUGCAGCUUUCCUUGCUGGCACCGCUCGAACAGCUGCGCAGCCAUAUCGUGUACCAUCUGACGGCACUGGAGCUGCAACUCUCACCGUGGGCAGCACAGGUUAACAAAAGCUUGUCGCAUCUGCGCAAUGCCCAGACGUUCCUCGACACGGAAGCAGCCGAGGUGUGUUACAAUCGUAGUGACGUUUACCGGGCCCGGUUACGGGCUCAUCUGGACUCGUACCGGAACUACACGGCCACCGUGCUGAACGGGGGGUGUGCGAGCUGCCGGCCACUGUUCGAUAUCUUCGAUGCGAUGCGCAUGCUGUUCUGCCACCACAUUAUGGAUCCAAUGAACGGACUCUGGUUUUCGGCCUUCCUGUGUCUGUUCCUGUGGGCAGUGGCCACACCGCUAUCGCUGAUGCUUUCGUCCACCUACAGGCGGCUCGAGAUACUGUCCAGCAAGCUGCAACACUCCAACAGCCAUCGCUACAAUGCCCGUGCAUCCGUCCGGGAAGAUCAACGAGAAUCUAGCCACUGGUCAACACAGCGAUCCGUCUCGGUGCACGUGAACGCGGUGGCCGAGUCAAGCACCGACGAGGAGCUGCCGCACUACACCGCAUCCGGAAGCGAUGAAGAUGCUGGCACCGACGAGGGUGCGGUCGUUAUCGAGUACAUCGAGCUGCGUUACGAAAACGGUGACCCCACGAACUAUCGAGAGAGUUUGAUCUAGCGUGGCAGGAAAACACAUGCGGCGGAUAUUAGAUUCCGAUCUAUUUUUGCAUUCGAAUAUUGUCGUCAAUAAAGCGAGAGAGAAUAUUAACAAUUUCACAUUUUCUUAUUUGAAUUGUUUUCGAGCUGGUUACAAUGCGUGUAAAAAUUAGUUUUUCUCCACCAUGUGCCCGUUUGUUCUGCUGGGCGACACCUCGAGUAUCCGUUAUCACAUUCGGUGCACAUUCCAACAUGUGAUGUGGUCUUGCAAACCAUUCUGCCGAGCAGAUAAAUUCGUGCUCAUCUGCGGGUGUACCAAUGCAACACUCGCCCCAAAACGA